AUGAGUACCACGAUUCCGAUUACUUCUCGUCCCUUGGACCUAGUCUACUUCGCCUUUUUCGUGGUCCAUAUACCCGCAACACUGCUCAUUGACCUGCAAGCCCUGUACCCUCCUGCAUUAACACCACAUUUCAUACGCGCUCUCCCACAAUUCUAUGUGCAGAUGUCGAAUGACCCGUUGAUUGGAAGCGUCUUGGGCUUGUUGGGAGAUAGCAAGCAUUUCAUUUGGUUCAAAACCUUUCUUGCACUAGAAGCUCUCUUUCAACUUCCCGUAUUCGUGCUCGGAGCACGCGGCCUUUGGCGAGAUUCGCGGUCAAUCUAUGUACUUCUCCUCAUCUAUGCCGCAUCUACCACCACCACGACGCUACCAUGUCUGUCUGUCUUACUGACGACGCCUACAACCAGUGCGCAGACCAUAGUUGACAAAGUAGUCUCUGUAACAACCUUCCAACGCGUCCUGCUGUUAUCGAGCUACAUUCCAUUCUUCGUAAUACCCUUCAUUAUGACCGUUGAUAUGGCUUUUCGCCUUUCGAAACUGAUCACGAUAGGGAUAGACGCCGCUGAUGACAAGAAGUCAUCGUGA